GUUCUCGCCGCAGCCGUUUCUCAAGAUGCCGCCACUGCUAAGAAAGCGUCAGUGUCCAACGAACCUCAACUGCUCGCAGAUGAAAAGGCGAAGGCACUCUCUUGCGGAAGGUGGAUAUGAUCAUGACCUCGAAAAGUGCCCCGCUUUGUUUUUGAGUGACCACAAGAUGAAUUUUGGUUAGAAUUAUGUUCCGCUGUGAUCUUGAGCGCGGGAAAAGUGAACUCGAGUGUUUUUUUAAAAACAUCAAAUUGUGAUUUCAAAUGUUUUUGUUAAGUGAAGCGCAUGUUUUUAUGUAAUGUGUCUAAUGUUAUGAAGAGUAAUAUGAAAUUUUGAGGAAAUAUCCAAUGAAGUGAAAAACCGAUCUCGGAAUUUUUGCAGUUGAAGAGAGAGAAAUAGUCGCAGGAAAUGUUGCCACUGCUGAAAAAUUCAUAUUCGGCAGCGAACCGAAUCCUGAACAGGAGGCUCGCUCCAGGCAUAUGGGUCAUAUGUCUCCUAGCCAUAUUCACAAUAAGUCACUUAGCUUUGCUCAAUGUAGAAAGAACUCGCGAUUUACGAGCUAUUGGGCGCGAAAACUCGACUCUUCAUAGACUCUUCCAGAAAUUAAUGAUCAGUGACAGAUCGCUUUGCGGUGGUGCAUGUGCGUCUACAGAUACGAGUAGUCCUAGAAGCCCUCCUGACGUAAACGGUAUCGCAGGGGACAAUGGGGAAGGAGAUAAAAACACAGGAGGAAGUGGGGAAGGAGAUAAGGGCCAAGGAGAGAACGAAGAGGAGAUCAUUCUGCCAGAGAGGGAGGAAGUCAUGCAUCCAGAGCAGUAUCAGAAAGAUGUCGCUAGAAAGUUGAGCUCGACUUGGACGGAGGAGACAGAGGCCAGCCUGAAGGAGGUGUUCGACAAAAGGGCGUCUUUCGUGAAGGACGUGUGCAGCUCCAUGUCGCUAACUGGGGCUCUCUCUCCCAAAAUGCACCAGGUUUUCGAAAACAUGAGGUACAUCAUGAAACACGACAUGAUCUGGUGUCCUGUGUUCAAGGCUGCAUCGACGACCUGGGUCAAAAACCUGCUCCUGAUCGCUGGCGAAACUAAGAUCGCGCAGAAGAGCCUUCACGCCCGCGUCAGGCAGCUCUUCGGCCAGCCCGAGGAUCCCGUCGUCAGGGACAAGGUCGUUAAGGAGUUCCAAAAGAUGCUGAUCGUCCGACAUCCCCUGGAGCGGCUCCUGUCAGCUUACAGGGACAAAAUGCUACGAGUUCGAAACGAGCACGACCCCCACGUCAAGAUCCAGCAGGAGAUCCUACGCCUCUACCCGGAUCCAAAAUCCCCGACGCCCAAACCCACAAAGGGUUCCAAAGACAAGAUUAUCGGCCAUCCGACCUUCACCCAGUUUCUCAUGAAGGUUCGAGACGAUCUCCUGAAGGCCUGGAGCAGCGAUGGAAAGUUCCUUGUCAACAUGCACUGGCGGCCAGUUUGGCUGACGUGCGCCCCCUGCCAAGUACCUUACGACUACAUUGCCAAGAUGGAGUCCCUGGACUUGGAGCAAGAGUACAUCAUCAGGCAAAUGGGACUUCAAGAUCUACUGUACAACGCCCACACACACUCAUCCAACUUCGACUCGUACAACACGACCAGCGAGGCUGUGAAGGACUACUUCCGGCAGGUGCCCCGACGCCUGCUCAGGGAUGUCGUCGAACUCUACCAGCCUGACUUCACCCUCUUCGACUACUCUGCCGACCAGUACCUGGAACUGGCUAUAAGGGAGGAAUAACAUUAGAAACACACGCACACGUUGUAGUGUUAGUCGUGCCUUAUCGUGAACCAUAGCCACAUCCAUCGGGUCCUUGAUGUCUUUGGCACGUUUCUUUAAUGAUUACGGAAACUUGCAUGACAAAGGCUGUUUGGGCCAAGGUUUUGGUCCUGACUGUGAGCCAUUAUUGUUACCAAAGGACUCUUGCGGUCAGUCCAUUGAUGCUUACGGGAACUGUAUAUGCUACUGGUAUAUGAUAUUCAGCACUGGUUACCUAUCCAACUGUUCACUAAAAUGAUGUCCUAAAAUACGUUGGUCACUUACAGGUGCCUAUACUCUGUUUUUUUUUUUUUUUUUUUUUUUUUUUUUUUUCAUCUGUCCAUCCGCCUGUGGUGUUUUUGUAUGGUAACACUGCGUCCCGGGCUUUAAAUAGUUACGCUAAUUGUAAGUUUUAGGUAAAUAAAAGGAUAUCUGGGUGUACAUUUGUAACUGAAAAGUAUUUUAAUAAUUUACUGUAUGCGAAUUACACCGAUAAUAUUCGAAAUAGGAUAUUAUUAUAAUCGUUGAAUGUAAGCUGAAUGUAACUAUCUAAAGCCUGGGACGCAGUGUUACCAUACAAAAACACCACAGGCGGAUGGACAGAUGAAAAAAAAAACAGUAUAGUGAUAAGUUAAUUCACUUUAUUAGAUAGAGUGAUCACAGUAUUCCGAUGUAGAAUUUGAUGUGAGGAGCCUUUUAAGUGAAAAAUAUGGAAGAGAUAAAAGAAUG